AUGACCGAAUACAAUGGCCGCAGGGCUCCCAACUUCUCCCAAUACCUCGACGAUUUGAACGCUAUCCCGUCGCCAUACGAUCAGGCUAUUCAGCAGCAACAGCAAGGCUCAUACAACCUCGAUGCAGACCUCUCCCUCUUCACCAAUGCCGAGUUCUUUGAUUUUGAUAACUUCGGGGAUUUGAACCUCCCCGGGUUUGACUCGGUGGAGAGUGACAACUUGAAGAAGGAAAACAACCAAGCCACUGGCCAGAACCCAGAUAUGGAAUUCUUGGAUCUUCUCGGUGGCUUUAACAACAUGCCCGAGUAUUCAGCCACCGGCUUCAACUCCGUCAAUGCUCAGCCUCAACCUACAUCUCUGCAAAAUGCGCAGUUCUCGACUGUCCCACAGAUGCAGAACGGGCCCCUUAAUGCUGCCUCCAGCCCGACCGAGUCCAUCUCGACUUCAUCGCCGUCGCCUGCGGCCCAAUCGCAGGCUCCUGGCCCCGCUGCAUCUUCUUCUGCCCCCGGACCGAAGCGUAAGAACACCCAGAAGCCGGCUGCUAUUAGUGUGGAGGAGGCAUCGCGGGUCGCGGCAGAGGAGGAUAAGCGUCGACGUAACACUGCUGCCAGUGCGCGGUUCCGUGUGAAGAAGAAGAUGCGUGAGCAGGCGCUUGAAAAGACUGUCAAGGAGACGACGGAGAAGAAUACUGCGCUUGAAGCCCGCGUAACUGCAUUGGAGCUUGAGAACCAGUGGUUGAAGAAUUUGAUCACAGAGAAGAACGGGCAAUCAUCUGAGGAAGGCAAAAAGUCAGAAAACGAUAUCGCGGACAUGUUCAAGAAGUUCCUUGCUUCGCAAAAGGCCGAAGGCCAACGGAGUAGUGCUGAGUCGAGGUUCAGUGUGGGCACUGCUUGA